CUCCCCUUCUGUCAACCUACAGUACGAACACAUCCUUCGCUCUCUUCUCUCUUCCAAGUCCUCUCUUUUGCUGCUUCCCUGUCCAUCUCUCUCUAUCGCUCGCUCGCUCGCGCGCUCGCCUUUUCCUUGGCUGAUAGAACGCUGGAGACGAAACCCGAAUUCUCUGCACGGACCAUCGCCGGGGGUAGAGACUUUUCUUCGUGUUCUUCAAUAUUGUCAUUCCGGUAUGGCUGACCCUCAGGACGUGUCAAAUGAAAUAGGAUGGUAUGUACUUGGUGGAAAUCAAGAACAUGUAGGCCCCUAUGCUGUCUCUGAGUUGCAAGAGCACUUUAUGAAUGGUUACGUAUCAGAAAGUACACUCCUUUGGUCUAAUGGGAGAAGUGAAUGGAUGCCUCUAGCUUCAAUUCCUGAGUUAUUUGCUAGUUUUCCUUCACGAGAGCCCUUUCCUGGCCCACAGCUUGAUGAUACUACUACAGAAGGCUCUGGUAACACUAAUGAAUUCCACAAAUGGCAAAAGGAGAUUAGAGCUGAGCCUGUACCAAAUGGUUCUGAAUUGGGCACUGAGACUGCAGGCUUGCUGGAAGAUGCUGCUGCAGAUUAUGAUGACAGGCCUCAAACACCAUCAGAUGGGGAAGAAGAAUUCACAGAUGAUGAUGGCACAAGAUACAAGUGGGACCAUGGUCUUAGAGCAUGGGUUCCUCAGGAUGAGCCUUUUGGUGAUAUAAAAAAUUAUGCAGUUGAAGAGAUGACUUUCUUGGAUGAAGAGGAGGUCUUUCCCACAACUGGGACUAAAGGUUCACCCUCUGAUUUGGAAAAGAAUUCUCAAGACAAUGUUGAAACACAAUCCACAGAUUCCACAAAGAAGAGGAAAGAACCAGAAAAGAAUAGUGAUAAAAAGGAAGCCAAUAAGCAACCAGAUGGCUGGUUCGAGCUGAAGGUCAAUACACAUGUCUAUGUUACUGGAUUGCCUGAUGAUGCAACUCUCGAUGAAGUAGUGGAUGUGUUCUCAAAAUGUGGCAUCAUCAAAGAAGAUCCUGAAACUAAAAAGCCUCGUGUGAAACUGUAUGUUGACAAAGAGACAGGCGGGCAAAAGGGUGAUGCACUAGUAACUUAUUUAAAGGAACCUUCAGUUGAUUUGGCAAUUCAAAUUUUGGAUGGUACAGCGUUUCGUCCUGGUGCACCACAUUGUAUGUCUGUUACCCGUGCUAAGUUUGAACAGAAAGGAGAGAAGUUCAUUGCUAAACAAUUAGAUAAGAAAAAGAAAAAGAAACAGAAAAAGCUUGAACAGAAGAUUCUUGGCUGGGGUGGUCGUGAUGAUGCAAAGUUGUUAAUUCCUGGUACAGUUAUCCUCCGACACAUGUUCACACCUUCUGAAUUGAGGGAUGAUCCAAACAUGCUUACGGAAUUACAGGAAGAUGUUACAGAAGAAUGUGCCAAGAUUGGUCCAAUUGAUUCAGUUAAGGUAUGCGAAAGUCAUCCACAAGGUGUUGUGCUAGUGAGGUUCAAGGAUCGAAAGGAUGUUUUGAAGUGCAUAGAGCUCAUGAGCGGGAGAUGGUUUGGGGGUAAGCAGAUACAUGCGAGUGAGGAUGAUGGUUCAGUAAACCAUUCCAAGAUUCGUGAUUUGGAUGCGGAUGCUGCGAGACUAGAUCAGUUUGGUGCCGAACUUGAAGCUGAAUAGCUGGUUGAUUACAUCUUCUUUUUUUAUUUUCUUUUUCCGUGGGGAGCGCCUGGUUUUCAUGUUGAACGAUGAUGGGCAUUUCCUUUGUAUUUAACAAUGAAAAUGAUAUGAAUUAGGUCUUUUUAAGAUGGAUUAUCCAGAGAAACAAGCUGCUUAAUCCACUUACAAGCUCUAACCAGGUGCUGCUUUAUACCACUGUGGCAUUGCCAGCAACGGCUCUGUCACUUGUCUA